AUGCAGAUCAUCGCUCUUCUCCCUCUGAUUGCCGUCGCGGCCGCCGGCAGCGUCCCGUACGCCAAGCAGCCCUCGUCGCCUUCCCCUACCUCCAUCUCCAUCGCUCAGGCCAAAACUGAGUGCAGCGGAGGUGAGGGCGCCUGCUGCAACAGCUACGACGAGAUGUCCGCCAAUGGUAUCCUGGGCAAUCUGCUGGGCAAGGGCCUGCUUCCUAACUUGCUGGGCCAGGGUGACUCGCCCUGCGCCAAGUUCAGCUUGAUCGACAAUCUGAACAUCCUUGGCAUCACUGAGGAGGAUGGUGGCGAGCAGUACUGUACCGGUUCUACUGCCUGCUGCACUGGCGAUGAGUGCAAGGAGUUGUAG